CUCUCGGUGGUGAGGGUGGAGGCGAAAGCCGGGAUUCGGGAGGGUGCGGCUGAACCGUCACCGAAGGACUGCGGAGUGAGCGGAGUUCUAGAUAGUGAAUUCCUAAGAAGAAAAUAAUGGAUUGCAUAUUAGUUGUUCUCUGAGUGCCUGGACCAACCGUGUGUGGGCCUUUGUUGCAAAGGCCGAAAGAAGAUGGCAACUCCUUAUGUCCCAGUUCCUAUGCCCAUAAGAAACUCUGCCUCCAGUUUUACAACCAACAGAAACCAAAGGAGUUCAUCAUUUGGGAGUAUCUCAACAAGCUCAAACUCUUCCAAAGGCCAGUUGGAAGACUCAAAUAUGGGUAAUUAUAAACAGACAAGUGUGACUGAUCAAAUGGAUAGUACUUCAUCUGUCUGUUGCAGUCCCCUCCUUAGGACUCAAUUGACAGGUACAGAGUCUUCCAUUGAGUAUUCUACUAGACCAAGAGAAGGUGAAGAACAAGAUCCUGAGACAGUCAGUUGGGAAGAUAGACCAUCUACACCAACUAUACUCGGUUAUGAGGUGAUGGAAGAAAGAGCUAAAUUUACUGUAUAUAAAAUACUAGUAAAGAAAACUCCAGAAGAAAGCUGGGUAGUUUUUAGAAGAUACACUGACUUCUCUAGACUUAAUGACAGAUUAAAAGAGAUGUUUCCAGGUUUUCGACUAGCACUUCCACCAAAACGCUGGUUUAAAGAUAAUUACAAUGCUGACUUCUUAGAAGAUAGACAAUUGGGAUUACAAGCAUUUCUUCAAAAUUUAGUAGCUCAUAAGGACAUUGCUAACUGCCUUGCAGUGAGAGAAUUUCUUUGUCUGGAUGAUCCACCGGGUCCAUUUGAUAGCCUAGAAGAAAGCAGGGCUUUCUGUGAAACUUUAGAAGAAACAAACUACCGCUUACAGAAAGAACUACUUGAGAAACAAAAGGAGGUGGAAUCGCUGAAGAAACAGCUCGGCGAGAAGCAACUGCAUAUAGACACUGUAGAGAACAGAAUUAGAGCAUUGUCUUUAGAACCUGAAGAAUCACUGUACAUAACAGGAACAGGAAAUGGGAAAAUCCUAAAGGCGACUUCUUCUGUACUUGAGUCUGAUCAAGUGGCCUUGGAUGAAGAAUCUAGAGCUGAUAAUAAACUGUGCUCAAGUUACAGUGAACCUGAAAAUUGUGUGUCGGAGAUAGAAGUCGCAGAAGUGGCAUACGAUGCUGAAGGCGACUGAUAGGGCUCAGGCACAGGCACCGCCCUCUAUUGUGACAUUUCAGGAAAUGUAGAAGUGAGUGGCAAAUACUUUUUUCAAAAGGACUCUGAAACAUUUACAGAUGAAAAGCAAGAAUGCAUGUGUAUAAAGUUUACAUAAGAAAAAAUAUGUUAUUGGAAUAGGAAAUAUACUGACUGUUGCUUUUUAACCCUUCUUUAUCCAGCUUUUGUAUUCGAUCCAGUCAAACCGUCUCGUUAGAAUUCUGCUACCAAGUUCAUAUUCUUAACUGCUGUACAUAAAAGAUUAUGGUGUUUUGCCAAUAUAUUUUGCUCCAAAUUAA